AUGACUCCAAGCCUCUUUGCCGUCGCCCUUGGGCGAGGCGACCUCAGCUCCCUGGCUGCCUCGCCUCACAGCCCUUCGGUGGCCUUCAUUAGGACCCUACUGCUGCACAGAAGUGGCGGCCUGCAGGUGCGUUGCGUUGCACAUGGGGGGGAGGGAGGGAGAGAGGAACACCCAAGAGGCGCUCGAUGGUGCUCAUUUGUCCAUCUGCCCCUUCUGCUUGUGUGCCUUGCUCCGUCUCAGGUGCUUGGCCGGCUGAUCAGAGAGGAGCGUUCGAGUGUGCUGAACGCGGGGUUCAUCGUGAUAAUCCAGCACAGCCUCUCCGCUGACGGCACGGCCAUCCUCCUCCUCUCCACCCCAGCCGCCGGACGAGUGCGCGUGCAGCCAGCUGGGCCGGUCCCCGUUGAUGUGGUGCAGGCGUUGCGGUCGACCUACUGCGGUCACGAGCAGGAGGUGCCCGACGCCAUAGCGCGGUGUCUUGCCGGGGUGGGUCUGAGUGAGGGCGGGCUGAUCGAGUGUAGCGAGAGACAGGAGAGGGCCAUCGAGCAGUGGCUGCAGCAGAGGCAGCGGGAGGUCGGCGGCCACCACCCGCACGACCUCAACCACCCAUUGCUGGCGAAGAAGGGCUCGUCCAAGCGGCUCAUGGCGUGCCCACUCCCCCCCUACCACCCCCACUCCCACCCCCAUUCCCACCCGCCUCGCAUAGCUUUCCUCGCUGAGCACGGCAAGGACACCACCAAGGAGGAGAACUUCAGCCCCAAGUCGAUUUCCACUCACGUCUCGUCAUCUGCCUCGUCCAUCCCCUCGUUCCGGCGUCUGUCGCCCCACCCGCUCAACGCCCACCUGUCGCCGUUCAACGCCUCUUCCCCCGACUUCCUGCGGUCUGCCGCGUCCAUGUCUGACGUCACUGGCGACUUCCUCAGCGACGAGUUUCCACCCAUCAGCCCUACGCCCCCUCCCAGGACCCCCCUCGCCAUGCGAGGAGGGGCCUUCACCAUCCCCCACCCAGAGAAGAUCAAGAAGGGUGCGGCAGAUGCCUACUUCAUCGACGAGAGGGAGGGCGUGGCCGCCGUGGCCGACGGUGUGGGCGAGUGGGUGCAGCUCGGGAUCGACCCCAAGUUGUUUGCGCAGCAGCUCAUGGACGGUGCCAGGGUGGCGGUGCGGUCGUUGUCGCAGCAUAGCGACACGGAUGACGACUUCGACGUGGUGCGUCAGGCGUCGGGCAUGAGCACUGCCACCACCCACUACCAGUCCUACCCGUCCGGCAGCCCCGCCUCCGGCAAGCACCGCACGACGGUCGAUCGCCGCCCCAGCCUCCCGCCCCCCUGUGCGUCUGACCAGCCCCUCCUCCCCCCUCUGGCUGACGCACCCAGCAAGGCGGCCGCACGCGCACUCCACGCCAUCAAGGGAGGGCUCGAGGCGACCAAAGAGAACAAGGCGUGGGGCUCCAGCACGGCCAUCAUCGCCUGUCUGGACCCACUCGGCCACUCGCUCGGCGUGGCCAAUCUGGGCGACUCCAAGGCGCUGGUGUUGCGUCGCCUGAAGCCCUCUGACGGCGAUAGCAGCAGCGGCGGGUCUGCGGCGGCCGAGGCCGACCGGCCUGUGAGUGCGGGUAGCGAGAUGAGCGUGGCGGACCCUGCGCCGAUGGUCAUGUGUGAGGGGGUGCGUGUGGGUGCGGUGCCGCACUACAAGAGCAUGCCGCCCAAGAGGGAGGACGGCGGCAUGGAGAGAUGGAGGCGGGCGGUGGCAGGGGUCGACAGCAAGGGCCAGGGCCCGUGCGGCCACCAGUGGACGGUCGUGCAUCGCACCACGGAGCAGCAGCACUCAUUCAAUUGUCCUUACCAGGUACAGGACAGCCAACACCCAGCUAGGUGGCACCCACAUGCACACAUCGUCCAUUCCAUGUGUGUGUGUGUGUGUGUCGGUGAUAUAUAUAUGUCAGUUGGCGAAUCUGCCCGGGGCGCCCGACUGGCCCCAGCUGCAGAAGGAGGGCAAGGGCAAGCUUGUGCGUCUACUGCGCAACGCUUUGAUCAAGAAGCAGCCCAACCUGUCAGACGACCCUGACAAGAGCGACCUCUACACCUUUGACGUGCACGAGGGCGACCUCCUACUCAUGGGCUCGGACGGGCUGUUCGACAACCUCUUCGAUGACGAGAUAAUGGAGCAUUUGAAGACCGCCGUGCCGCCUAGCGGCCCCGAACCAUACACGCCGCCACAUGUAAGAGAGAGCAGAGGGGAGAGGGAUUCUCAUUCAAAUCAUGUGAUUGUCUGUGUGUGUGGUGUGGUGUGGCAUGUCAGGUGGUGGCUCAGUCGUUGGCUCGUCGUGCGCAUCAGCGGAGUUUCGACCGCAAGGCCCUCACGCCAUACGGGGUGGGGGCGCAGAGGAACGGAGAGCGACACAGGGGCGGCAAACCUGACGACAGUAAGCUGACACACACACACCGACAGACACACUUAGGGGGGGAAGGGAAGGGGUCGGAGGAGGAGGACGCACGGCGAAAUGCUCAUCCUCUGUGCCGUGUUGGUGCAUGUGAUGAUGCAGUCACGGUGGUCGCCUGUUGGGUCAUGCGCGCACACGACGACUGAGGACACAAGACAGACAGACACAAGACACCCACGGACCUGUGUGUCCG